UUUUCUUGUGUUGUUUCUGUGUUUUCCGCGGGCAGCUGUGAGCGCCGCCCCAGUGUUUUGGCGUCGGAUAAACAUGACGGACUGAAGAACUGAAGGAUUGAACAGAACUGAAGACCCAGAGAGAGUUUGCAGCAUCAGACUGUCAGAGUUGAUGAUUCAGCAGGAGAAGCCGUUAGCGGGCAGUAUGCCGGUGGUUUGGCCCACGCUGCUCGACCUCAGCAGAGAUGAGUGCAAGCGAAUCCUGCGCAAACUGGAGCUGGAAGCGUACGCCGGUGUGAUCACUGCUCUGCGUGCUCAAGGAGAUCUCACCAAAGACAAGAAGGAUCUGCUGGGAGAACUCACUCGAGUGCUGAGCAUCUCGACGGAGCGUCAUCGAGCCGAGGUGCGCAGGGCUGUGAACGACGAGCGUCUGACCACCAUCGCGUAUCACAUGUCGGGGCCCAACAGCUCGUCCGAGUGGUCCAUCGAGGGCCGGCGGCUGGUUCCUCUCAUGCCCAGACUGGUUCCUCAGACGGCCUUCACUGUGAUGGCCAAUGCGAUGGCCAAUGCGACCGCGCACCAGAACGCCUCGCUGCUGCUGCCCGCAGACACCGCCAACAAAGAAGUGGUGGUGUGUUAUUCGUACACCAGCACCACCUCUACUCCACCCAGUGCAUCGGCUCCCAGCAGCUACAGCGCAGCAGCGGCCGUCAAAUCCCCUCGACCCGCCAGCCCUGCCUCCAACGUGGUGCUGCUGCCCAGCGGGAGUACAGUCUACGUCAAGAGCGUGAGCUGCUCCGAUGAGGACGAGAAACCUCGUAAGAGGCGGAGAACCUACUCGUCUAGCUCCUCCCCCGUACUGCUGAAGGAGGUGCCUAAAGUGGCCACGCCCAUUUCCAAAACCAUCACGGUCCCGGUGAGCGGCAGCCCCAAGAUGAGCAACCUGAUGCAGAGCAUCGCCAACUCUCUGCCGCCGCACAUGUCUCCGGUGAAGAUCACCUUCACCAAACCCUGCACCCAGACCACCAACAGCACCACGCAGAAGGUGAUAAUCGUGACCACGUCUCCCAGCUCUAACUUCGUGCCCAACAUCUUGUCCAAGUCACACAACUACGCGGCCGUGUCGAAGCUGGUCUCCAGCGCCGCGCUCUCCGUCUCCAGCCACAAACAGACCAUGGUGCUCUCAGCCGGCUCCAGCGCGGCCCCGGGGCCCAGUCCUGUCGCCGUGACGACCACUGUGUCCUCCACACCCUCAGUGGUGAUGUCCACCGUCACACAGGGCGGCUCCUCCGCGGCGGUGAAGCUGUCCUCCACUCGUCUGCCGUCUCCUAAGUCUCUGGUCAGCUCUCCGUCUCAGAUCCUGCAGAUCUCUAAAGCGCAGCAGCAGACGGCGUCUCCUAAAGCUCUGCAGACGUCUCUCUCGUCUCAUCAGAGCUCCAGCGCCGGAGCCAAACCCACCAUUCAGAUCAAACAGGAGUCUGGAGUGAAGAUCAUCACGCAGCAGAUGCAGCCCAGUAAGAUCUUACCCAAACCCUCCAGUGCCUCGCUGCCCAGCAGUAGCUCCGCCCCCAUCAUGGUGGUCAGCAGCAACGGUGCCAUCAUGACCACCAAACUAGUGUCCACCCCCACAGGCUCUCAGGCGGCGUACACGCGUCCCUCCGUCAGUCCUGCGCUCGCUGCUCGAGUGGCCACGUCUCCCGCCGGAGCCACGUACGUCAAGACCACCAGCGGCAGCAUCAUCACCGUCGUGCCCAAGUCUCUGGCCACGCUGGGGGGCAAGAUCCUCACCAGCAGCAUGGUGUCGGGAACCAGCACCAAGAUCACCACCAUCCCCAUGACCUCCAAACCCAACGUGAUCGUGGUGCAGAAGACCACCGGCAAGGGCACGACCAUCCAGGGUCUGCCGGGGAAGAACGUGGUGACCACGCUGCUGAACGCCGGGGGAGAGAAGACCCUGCAGGCCGUGCCCGGAGCCAAGCCUGCCAUCAUCACCGCGUCGCGGCCCAUCACCAAAAUGAUCGUGACGCAGCCCAAGAGCCUCGGCGCCGGUGUCCAGCCGUCCACCAAGAUCAUCCCCACCAAGAUCGUGUACGGCCAGCAGGGCAAAACACAGGUGUUGAUCAAGCCCAAGCCCAUGGCGUUCCAGACAGCGGUGGUCAGUGAACAGACGCGUCAGCUGGUCACCGAGACCCUGCAGCAGGUCACACGCAGCGCAGAAUCUGUCCAGGAGGGGGCGCACAAAGACGACUCGCCCUCGUAUACAGAGACGUCCGACAGCACUCACGACGCUCAUCCGGUGGUGCACCUCAUCACCUCCAGGGGGCAGGACUGGACGGAGCAGGAGGUGUCUGUGGAGGCCAGCCCCAGCAUCAUCUACCAGGACAUGAGCGGAGAGUCUCAGUCGGCCACGUCCACCAUCAAAGCCCUGCUGGAGCUGCAGCAGACCAGCGUGAAGGAGAAGAGCGACGCCAAACCUCGCCAGAACACGAUCGACCUGAGUCAGAUGGCAGUGCCGAUCCCGGUGCCGGAGCGGAGACAGUCCCCGGAGCCGUCGGGUCAGAGCGCCGGAGACACGGACCCCGGGGCCCAACACCCCCCACCGGUAACAUCCCCAGCCCCUCAUUCAUCCAGCUCUUACAGCACAGCACUGACUCUCACAUACAAUCAUGUGACACUGAUUUACACUGCGGCGGUGUGUUGUGUGUGUGUGUGUGCGCAGGUGAAGCCGCUGCAGGAGCAGAUGGAGGAGGGCGAGUCGGAGGGAGACACUCUGGAUCCUCAGACGGGUUUGUUCUAUCGCUCGUCUCAGCCCAAACCUGCAGCCGAACCGUCAGACACGCCCACUUCCUCUAAGAGGGCGGAGCCUCUCACGGCCCGGGUCUCUGUGCAGAGAGUGUGUGUGUCUGCGUCUGCGUCUGCGCUGGUGUCCUCCACCCCUCCACACACACCGCAGCUGCCCAGACUGCAGCAGGCGCCCUCCUCACACAACCGACCCAAGACACACACGCAGCUGUCGCAGCCGCCGCCGCUGCAGGCGCAUCACCCCGUGGGCUCCAGCAAGACUCAGCUGCAGCAGCCCAUCAUCACGCAGGGAGCGUCCGUCACCAAGAUCACGUUCGGCGCUCAUCAGUGCCCCCCGGUGUCCAGCAGCGGCGAGGCGUCCGUCAAGCUCCAGCCGGAGUCCAGCUCCAGUCGACCCGCGCCAGAGAAGCCCUCCGACAUCCUGAAGAUCUCCAUGAUGGAGGCGGAGAUCGAGCCCAUGGUGGUGGACUCGUCCAGUGACUGCGGCCCGCUGACCAAGACCCCGAGCAGCUCUCCGCUCAUCAGCAGCUCCAAACAGACGCUCGCUCACGGAUCCUUCAGCCGCGUCAAGAGCAGCGACCUGGACAUCAUACAGGUGAUCCCGCAGUACUCCAUCAUGCCGGACUCCAGCCAAUCAAACGUGGUGGUGGAGCCCAGCGGCUUCCUGGAGAUCAGCGACUACACCAGCCAGCGUCUGGACGAGGAGGCCGCCAUGGAACAGGAAGUGGACAGCAGCAAUGACGAGGGGGCGGCGGCCAGCCCCAGGGCCGACCAAUCACAGUGAAGCGUGUGGAUUUGAUGUGUUCAGAGGAGAAACCCCUUCUGUUAGUGCUUCAUCACGUCUGUAUAGAGAAUCAUGCAGUGAGUUUGUGCAGUAGAGACAAACCUUACUCUGUGGACGGAACCUUAGUAAUGUUUGUGUUGAUUUAUACUUAAAGGGACAGUUCACCAAAAAAUAGUCAUUCUCUCUUCAUUUACUCCCUUCAAGUUGAUCAAACCUGCGCGAGUUUCUUUCUUCUGUUGAACACACACUUAAAAUGGUGAUAAACAAACAGCUGUUGGUAGCCAUUGAGUCAAUACUUGGGAAAAAUACUAUGCAAGUCAAUGGGUACCAGCAAAUAUUUGGUUACAAAUAUUUUUAAAAUAUAUCUGAAUUGUUGAAUACAUCAGAAGAUAUUUCUUAUGGCAAUAACAUUCAUUUUUGUAAAAAUAAAAAUAAAUCUGAUUAUAUAUACUUUGAAGGAUGAGUGUACCCAAACAGUUGACGGUAGCCAUUGACUCUUAUUGUAAGAAAAAAACCUCAAUGGGGACCAAAAAAUCUGAGUUGUUUAAAAAUGUAUACAAGAUAUAUUUGACAGGGCCCUGAAAUAUCAUUUCUGUUAAAAGUCUGAAGAGAUAUUCUGAAGGAUGUUAGUCUGGAAAUAAUAGGGAAAAAUACUAUGGAAGUCAAUGGCUACCAGCAAAUAUUUGUUUUCCAGCAUUCUUUAAAUAUAUCUGAAUUGUUGAAGACAACAGAAGCUGUUUUAUAUUAAAAAAAUAAUAAAGCACAUAAAUGUAUACUUUGAAGAAUAUAUGUAUGUAACCAAACAGUUGACGGCACCCACUGACUUUAAUAGUUAGGAAAAAAAUACUAUUGGAUGACAAAAUAUCUUCUGGCGUGUUUAACUAAUGAUACAAGAUAUUUCACAGGGAAUAUAAUUUCUGUUAAAAAUCUGAUCUAGAUAUUUUGAAUAUUAGUUGACGGUAGCCAUUGUAGGAAAACAUACAGUGGAAGUCAAUGGCUACCAGCAGCUGCUUGUUUACACACAUUCUUCACAAUAUUAACCUCGUGGUGAUUGAUGACAGAGUGAUGCACUGUCCCUUUAAUUUACACUUUAAAUUAGAGCUGAUGAUGAUGAUGAUGAUGAUGAUGAUGAGCGCUGCUUCAUCAGGACGUUUUGUGACUCCGCCUCCGCUUCUAUUCUGCUCUCUGAUUGGUGUAAAUAGUGUUUGUGCUCUCGCCCGUGUGUCUCGUUUGUGCUGGAUGCGUUUUAAUUCAUAAACUUUACUUCAAAGCUC